UGCUCAUCUCGGCGCCCGCUGUGGAUAUGAGCACGUCGUCCGUGGUUGCGGUAUGAGGCGGACGACCAUAGCCAUACUAUUCGUUCAAGUACUGGCCCGAUUCAGCUGUGUUGCAACUAUUCUUGAGGCAAGGCGAGAUGCCCUCAGCCCCGAUGACGCCACCAGUACAGUUGCCGCGACUGCAGGCGGCACAGGGCGAGUAAUCCAGCUUAGGGCGACGGAGAGUGACGUCAAGGCGGCCGCACGCCACUGCGUCGCCGUGGACGAAGUCGGACGUUUCCCGGCAAACCACGCGCUCGGACUCUUCGAAACUGAACCCGGACGAUUGGUACUGGGCACUCCUCGAGUCACGGACGCAUCGGUGGAAUUCUCUGCAUUGCCGCAACGACAAAAUGCUGGUGGUAGCAAUAGUGAUGAAACACCAGCCACCGGCACGAUCGUAUUCAAGGUGGUGCUGGAAGUCGACAAUACGGGACGAUGGAGAGAAGGAGGAGGUGGUACAACCUCUGGAAGAAGAACCGGCGAGCCCGUUCCGACAGGAGAGGGUAUGGAGAUGACGGCAGCUGCUGCGACCGCAGCGACUGCAGAAAACCCCGCGGAGGCGCAGAUGGCGAUAUCAGCCCUGGCCGCUUGGAACCUGAUGACGACACGGGAAACACCGGCUAUGUUGCCGAUGAUCAGGGUAGAGGUGGGAGCCGCGUUCGGGUAUCACGGGGACUGGUACACGGCCAGCAAGACCAUACCCCUCACUUCCGACGGCACCGGCCACAGCAGUGCUUUGCUUUCGAGCGCGACGUUCGACUGGCAGCCCGCACCAGAUGUCUGGAGCAAGCUCGACGAACCGAUGGCAGCGGACGUGAGAGUUUAUGGCACCGCGUCGACGCCCACGGAAGAACAGGAGGCAGGGCUAUUGUUGUUGCGAGGCACGCUGUGCAAGCGAGCAUCGGGCUUCGGAGGCCGAAGCACGCGCGACGAAACAACACAGGGCACCAUGAAGGCGGCCUUGACGCCUUACGCCGAACGCCUUCCAGCGGUUGCCGCCGAAGCUGUCGCGAUCAGCCCCUCUCGGCCUUCCGUUGUCGUUUCCGAAAUACGAGACGAAGAGUGGUGGAGAGCCCGCGAAGAGGAGGAAUCCGGGAGAGGGAUGGAUGCGGUCGACGCGCUGCCCCGCCUGCCCCGGUGGAAACCCGGGGAUUGGAAGAAAAGACGCAGGAGAAGGAAGAGACAGGAAGAGGAAAGAAAAAAACAACGAGCGCAGGAGGCCGCUCGCCGAAGAGCUGACAAAUGGGGGGGUGACAGAGGACGUGACACGGCCAGUCGCGACGGACGGAAUCGCAGGGGUGGUGGUAGGGAGGCAAAAGUCGGACGGUCACCAUGGGGGGCUGUGAAAGGGGCUUGGCGUGCUGUCGGGCGAGGUUGGCGAAGAGUCCGGCGGAAAUUCCGAAGAAACUGCAGUGAGCAUAGUGCUCGUCGGACAAGGUAGAAAUUUGAGAUAUGUAAGGGGGUUAGCGACGGGUUGCUGCGGAAGUAUCCUUUAUUGCGACAAUGGUCACAGGUUGGGUAUUGGCAGUCUGUACACCAUGUUCCGUCGUCAACCGGCGUCUAUUUGUAACGAGUACAACCUACAAUCAUAAGAUAUUCUCUUCAUGUUAUCUGCUCAAGAGAUUCUGCCCGACGUCAAGCCCACCUACCGAGAUGCGCAUUACGCCUAGUCAUUGCUGGUUCACGUCUAAUGAGCCUUCAUGUGUAGCUUACGUUCACGGCCUUCGACGAGCAACGUUGCCCGCCUAAUUCUUCUCCUUUUCCGGCCGUGUUGUAGGGCAACCUGGAAGGGCUGCUUGACAAUUUUCAUUGGACAACCGACCGAAUGUACACGGCACCAUUUAUCUCCACCCACGCAGAAUAAAGCCCAUAUUUUGUGUCACGAGGGUAUUUUGUUGCGUGUUCCCCUUGGCCAAAACCUGUCAGGUACAUAUUAUAUGAAUA